UCAAUGUCAACCAACGUCAUAACUUCGCAAGUGCAAACUUAACAAAUUGUAGUUUUUUCGUUGUAAAUGCAAUAAAUUUCAUUUCUUUUGCAAUAUAAUUAUAUUAUAAAAGUUGCUCAUUGAUAUCUACAAAAUGAAAACGAGAUUCAAUACAUACGACAUAAUAUGUAUGGUAACAGAAUUACAGAGGUUGAUUGGCAUGAGGGUCAAUCAGGUGUAUGAUAUAGACAACCGGACUUAUGUGAUCCGAUUACAAAGGUCAGAGGAGAAGGCUGUGUUGCUCCUCGAGUCAGGGAACAGGUUCCACACCACACAGUUUGAGUGGCCCAAGAAUGUGGCUCCUUCAGGGUUUACUAUGAAGCUACGUAAACACCUCAAGAACAAGCGUCUGGAGCACCUGACACAGCUGGGUGUGGACCGUAUAGUGGACCUUCAAUUCGGCAGCGGGGAGGCAGCAUACCAUGUGAUACUAGAGUUAUAUGAUCGUGGUAACAUUGUGUUAACAGAUUACGAGUGGACUAUAUUGAAUGUGCUGAGGCCGCAUGUGGAAGGUGAUAAGAUAAGGUUUGCAGUAAAAGAGAAAUAUCCACUGGACAGAGCGAAAACAAAUUAUCAAGCACCAAACAGUGAGACCUUGAAGGAAAUACUGUCUCGGAGCAGGCCUGGUGAUAACCUGAAGAAAGUGCUCAACCCUAAUCUGGAAUUUGGUGCUGCAAUAAUUGACCACGUCCUCUCAGAGAAUGGUCUAACGGGCAAUAUGAAGAUCAGCAAUGACCCCAACAAGGGAUUCUUUAUUGAGAGGGAUUUGGAGAAAUUAACUACGGCCUUGAAGCAAGCUGAACAGCUGCUUGACGCCGCUAAGGAUAAUGUGGCUAAGGGCUACAUAAUCCAGAAGCGUGAGGAGCGCCCCGACCCCUCGGGCGGAGCGCCCACCUUCCUCCUCACGAACCAGGAGUUCCACCCGCUGCUGUACGCCCAGCACCGCCAGCUGCCCCACACGGAGUACGAGACCUUUGAUAGAGCGGUCGAUGAGUUCUUCUCAGCUUUGGAGGGGCAGAAGAUCGACUUGAAGACGAUUCAAGUAGAACGCGAAGCCAUGAAGAAGCUUCAGAACGUGCGCAAAGACCACGAGAAGAGAGUGACGGAGUUGGAGCAGGUUCAGCAUCAGGACAGGCUGAAGGCGGAGAUGAUAGCCCGCAACGAGCCGCUCAUUGAACAGGCUCGGAUGGCCGUGCAAGCGGCUAUAGCUAAUCAGAUGUCCUGGGACGACAUCAAGCUCCUAAUAAAGACCGCUCAGGACAACCAAGACCCCGUCGCCUCUUGCAUCAAGGACUUGAAGCUGAACACCAAUCACGUGACGUUGCUGCUGACUGACCCCUACACCGGGGGGGAAGACGAGGCCGGGGGGGAAGACAGGCUGCAGCCGAUGCUCGUUGACAUUGAUUUGUCUUUGACGGCCUUCGCGAAUGCUAGAAGAUAUUACGACCAGAAACGCAACGCGGCCAAGAAGCAGCAGAAGACGCUCGAAUCAGCUGAUAAAGCGCUCAAGAGCGCCGAACGCAAGACCAAGCAGACCCUCAAGGAAGCCAGCACAAUUAGCAGCAUCAGCAAGGCGCGCCGCACGUACUGGUUCGAGAAGUUCUACUGGUUCAUAUCCACUGAUAACUACUUGGUCAUAGGCGGCCGGGACCAGCAACAAAACGAAUUGCUGGUGAAACGCUAUAUGCGCUCCACGGACGUGUAUGUCCACGCCGAGGUGACGGGCGCUUCUUCUGUCAUCAUCAAGAACGUCGGCGCCGGUCCGGUCCCCCCCAGGACCCUGGCCGAGGCUGGUGUGGCCGCCGUGGCUUACAGCGUCUCGUGGGAGGCGAAGGUGGUGACCCGCGCGUGGUGGGUGUGGGGCCAGCAGGUGUCGAAGUCGGCGCCCACCGGGGAGUACCUCGCCACCGGCUCCUUCAUGGUCCGCGGCCGCAAGAACUACCUGCUGCCUGACCAGCUGGUGUUCGGGUUCGGUCUCAUGUUCAGGUUGGAAGACAGCUGUAUCGAGCGCCAUCUUGGGGAACGCAAGGCUCCUCUACCAGAGGACGCUGCCUCCGAGGUCACCUCCGCGGAAGACCAAGAGAUUCUCGUCUCAGAUGACGAUGAAACCUCUGAUAAAGAAGACGACUUAAACUCUGAAAAUCAAUUGAAAACUAUCGCAGAAGAAACUACGCAGUUAGAGAUUUCAGACAAACCGCCAGAGGGCGACACCGAGAACGUAAAAGAUGGAGAAGAGAGUGAGAAACAUGAAAAGGAGAAUGAGAAACGUGAGAAAGAUAGUGAGAAACAUGACAACGAUGAUGAGAAACAGCAAGAGAAUGAGAUAGAAGAUGGGUCUGAAAGUGACAGCAGUUCGGGAGAUGACUUCCCCGAUACACAUAUCAAGGUAGACCACGGCACCGGGCAGGUCAUGAUGGAGUCCAAGGCGAGAACGAUAUCAGAAACAUCAGACAGAAGCGAGGACAAACUUCCGUCCUUUCCGUCUCUACCCAAAAGAGGCGGGAAGAAGCCGCUGAAGAACAGCAAAGAGCAGAAGAAACAAGAAGAGAAGAAGGAAGGCAUGAAGCGGGGCCAGCGCGGGAAACUCAAGAAGAUCAGGGAGAAGUACCACGACCAGGACGAAGAGGACAAGGCCAUAGCCCUCGAGUUGCUGAAGGCAUCAAAUAUAGCGAAAGAAUCAAAGAAAGCCCAGAAGAAAGCGGCGGCGGCCAAAGCCGGGGGUCGCGGGAAAGGAAACCAAAAGGCCAAGAUACCACAACCGGCGCCGAUGAUACUGGAGGUGGAUUCUGAUGCAGACGAGCCCGAGCCAGAGGCCGACCAAUCAGAGGCCGGCGCGUGCGCAGCGGACGGCGUGGGCGCGCUGCUCGACCAACUGACGGGCUGCCCGCUGCCCGACGACGAGCUGUUGUUCGCCGUGCCCGUCCUGGCGCCGUACACAGCGCUCACCAACUACAAGUACAAAGUGAAGCUGACUCCGGGCACCAGCAAGCGCGGCAAGGCGGCGCGCACCGCGCUUCAGGUGUUCCUGCGGGAGAAGGCCGCCACGCCGCGGGAGAGGGACCUCCUGAAGGCCGUCCGCGAGGAGAACGUGGCCAGGAACUUCCCCGGAAGAGUUAAACUGUCUGCGCCGCAGCUACAUAAGAAUAAGAAGUAAAAAUAUAGAGAUACAAGUGUUCAGCCCGGGUGAGAAGACAUACUCUAGGAGUGGUCCUUUAAAGUUCAUCUCGUACAUACAUCCAUCUCAGUUUGGUCCAAAGGUUCGACUGGCAUUGUCAUGAGGAAAUAAAAAUAAAGAGAUUUCCAGGGGAAGGCUCUACUGUUAUAUGAGAAUAGGAAGUAUAAUAAUAACGCUACAAGUGUUCCUCGAUAGAGAACCGUUUUGGCGAAAGACCUAUAAAAAGGCCGCCCGUUUUCCGGGUAAAAAUUUCACAAUUACAGAAGCUUAAUAUCGCCGGGAGAGACCUUCUGAAGAUCGUCGCCAGGAAUUCUCUUAGUAAUGUCAAACUGUUCUCGAACAUAGCUACAUAAUAAUAAGAAGUAAAAUAUGCAGGGCUAAAAGUGAUCUUUCGCGAGACUAAAACUGUGACCGUAUUUUUAUGUGUUAUAACAUUAAACUAUAGUUAACGAUAGUAAAUACGAAAAUCAUCUAAUGCAAUAACACGUAUUUCCAUUAAGACAAAUAUCAUAAUAAUUCGAACUUUUGUUGUCGAAUGUUACAAAUAAUAAUAAACCUACCACAAAUUCAUAAAAGGCAAAAAAAAAUCAUAAUAACUACCUUUUUCUCUUCAUAGAAAAAUUAAAGAAAGAAAUGUAUGUAGAGGACUGUUUACUAUUUAAUAAUAGUAAUUAUCAAUCACACAAAUAACAUAAAUCGCACGAUCGAAAGUUUAAUAUUCUGAAUGAUCGCUCUAAAUAUGUAUGUCAUUACAUGUAAAAAAGUUGGUUUCUUAUGCGUGUUCCUAAUCGUUCUAUCAGCCUUGAAAUUUCGAGACCAAGUCUACUAAACAACUUUAAAAAUAGAUAUCUUCAUAGUACAUAUUAUAAUAUACCAACUUCGCUCCAUAGUUUCAUAAGAAUAAAUUAAAUAUAUCAAGUAAACUAUUAAAUUAUCCAGUGCAUGUUCAAUAAUAAGUCUACCGAAUGUUCAUAAUAAUUUAUAUCUAAAACUGUUUAUUACUUUGUGUUCAUAUUAUGAUGAAGUGAUAUUAUUGUUAUCA